AAGAAGAAGAGGUCUGCUGACACAGGCUAAUCAGUCAGCUGCAGGUAGAAAGCUGCGAUAUCUUCUGCAGGAGAACAUUAAUAACAUUAUAUAUAUAUAUAUAUAUAGAAGGAUUAUUGUCAAUAUCAGACUAUUGUGACGUUGUAUAGCCGCGUCAUUUGAAGGUGAGGUCAUACCAACAGGAUGAAGGGCUUGUACUGCCGAGCUGCUGGCUCUGAUGCCGAGCCCAGGUUCGUCAUUCAGCAGACGAGUCUUCCAGAGGUUUUAGGCUGCCAUCUGGUCCGAGUUCAGGUGAAGGCAUGUGGACUCAGCCCGCUGGACUUCCAGCUGCUUGACGACCUGGGGAUCCAGAGAGAUCUACUUCCUGUUGGCAGAGAGGUGGCUGGGGUCGUCCUGCAAGUGGGCGACAAGGUCUCCUUCUUCCAACCAGAGGAUGAGGUUGUAGGCAUCCUGCCCCUGGACUCUCCCUGCUCCGGACUCUGUGAUGUCGUUGAAGUAGAUGAACACUAUUUAGUCCAGAAGCCGGAGAAGCUGAGCUCGGUGUGUGUUGCAGGAGCGCUGCGAGACGGCCUGCGUGCACACACCGCGCUACACACACACGCUCGCAUGGCAGCCGGACACACACUCCUGGUGAUGGACGGAGCCAGCUCUUUCGGCCUCAUGUGCAUCCAGCUGGCUUGUUACCACGGUGUUAAGGUGUUGACGACGUCACACUCGGCCCAAAAACACACGUUCCUGGAGCAGCUUCGGCCCAGCGUAGGAGUCCAGGAUCCUUUAGUAGUUAAGGUUAUUCCGGUUUAUAACGGCUCAUCAGACCUGCUGCCGCUGGUUCUGGAGGAGACCGGAGGACUGGGAGUGGACAUAGUCGUAGACUCUGGAGGUAAACACUUAUUUACACACGUGUCUGGUGAUCGAGUUGAAAAUAAAAGACACCACUGAGAAUGUAGUUACAGUUUAAAGUGCAAACAUAACUUUAUCAUAAUUUUCUACAUCUUAAUAAAAGUCUUAACGUCAGAUUAUCACUGUUUUUUGUAUAUUUUUUUCCAGUUGGAUCCUCCAGAUUGCAGAUUCCUGUACUUAAAGUCGGCCUCUAUGACUUUCCUGAACCAUGAGGUGUGGACGGCUUCCUCGGCUCAGCAGGGACGAUACCUCCAUAUUCUGAAGGACAUCGUGGAGAAGAUGUCAGCCGGCGUUCUCAGACCUCAGCCUGAAGAUGCGGUCCCUCUCUAUGAAGCCACGGUUACCAUGGAGACUAUCCAGCGUCACCAGAAGAAGAAGGCCGUUGUUCAGCUUUGACCUCUGAACACUCGGGCCUGAAAACCACCGCAGCAUGCAUCAUUACAGGCCGGCAACAUAAACCUGGUCCCUGUCUGGACCAACACGGAGACUAACCCUCUCAUUCUAACACCUGAGGUCAGAGUCUCCGGUUCAGGUCCCCCGCUGGGCUCCAAGCUGCAGGAUGGAUCCAUUUUCCUCUGGUUGGAACCAGGGAGCCAAACACAGACACCGUAGACCACAUCCUGAAUACGUAUGAGUUCACGUGGCUCACAUUAAAGACUCUCUGCUCAGUAUUCACUAGUUUGUAUUUCUUUGAGAAUUAUUCACAACACUUCAACACUUUAAAUC